AUCUUCACCUUGCUGCUGAGCUAGGGAAGACACUACUGGAUCGUAACACUGAACUAGAAGAAUCUUUACAGCAAAUGUAUGCAACAAAUCAAGAGCAGCUGCAGGAGAUAGAGUACCUCACAAAGCAAGUGGAGCUCUUGCGUCAGAUGAAUGACCAGCAUGCCAAAGUCUACGAACAGCUGGAUGUGACAGCAAGAGAACUAGAAGACACUAACCAAAAACUAGUUGCGGAGAGUAGAGCUUCACAACAAAAGAUAUUAAGCUUGACAGAAACCAUUGAAAAUCUACAAAUGCACAUAGAUGACCUCCAACGACAAGUGGAAGAACUGAAAAAGUCUGGACGAGGCCGGAUGAGCCAAGAAAGAUCUGACCAGCCACGAUCAAUGCAUAGUUUCUCCUGUUUGAAGGAGCUGUAUGACCUUCGCCAGUAUUUUGUUUAUGAUCAUGUGUUUGCAGAAAAGAUUACUUCAAUGGAUAGCCAACUAAGUCCUCUAGAAGAAGAAAAUGAGAACUUAAAAAAGGCAGUUACAGUUCUGCAAGCCCAACUUAACCUAGAAAAAGAGAAGAGGGUAACAAUGGAAGAGGAAUAUAGUCUUAUGGUAAAAGAAAACUCUGACCUUGAACAGAGGCUUGUUGAUGUAGACUUGUAUCGGGCUCGUGCAGAGGAGUUGGAAGUGGAAGUAGCUGAAAUGAGACAAAUACUUCAGUCUGAAAAUACAUUCCAUAAUGCAGAGAAAUUGGUGCCAGAAUCCUUCUUCAUUUCAUUCAGAGAGUCUUUAGAAAGGGAGCUUGGUCAGAGCCCGGCAGAUGAUGGACUUCUGACUCUAUCAGAGCUUGAGAAGAAGGCACUGAAACGGAGCAGCAGUGAAACCUUCCUAAGCAGUGCUGCAGGGGGAGACAUCCUGAGGGGCCAUGAAGAAACGUGUAUUAGGAGAGCUGAAGCUGUGAAGCAGCGAGGAAUCUCUGUACUCAAUGAAGUGGAUGCUCAGUAUAAUGCUCUGAAAGUGAAGUAUGAGGAACUUCUGAAGAAGUGUCAAAUGGAUGAAGAUUCUUUGAAACACAAGGCUGUACAAACACUGAAGCAGUAUUCCAAAGACCUAAAUGUGGGGAAUACCCAGUAUGAUCUUUCAGCUAGCAACCCAGAAUUCACAAAUGUGGAGCUAAGUGACUGUCCCCCAAGUGCUCUUCCUGAAUAUAAAGCACUCUUCAAAGAAAUUUUUAGUUGUAUCAGAAAAACAAAGGAAGAAAUAGAUGAACACAGAGCUAAAUACAAGUCCCUCUCCUCUCAGCCGUAA